AUGCCAGACAAUACCGAUAAGCGUCUCUCUCCAUGGACAAAGUCUUUGGGGACCUCGUCAGAAGCUCUGAAUGUUCACGCAUAUCACCUUAAAUCAUCCAAGUUCACGCAAGUCUUCGAUGAUCAUACCUACGCUAUUACGCGCAUUCCAGAGGCCCCAAUUGACAUCAGCCGCGACCAUAUCCGAGAACCAGGAAGUCUAGCCCGCGUCACCUCAUUAAUCAGUUUGACCAAUGCCCCCUUGUCGGGGAUGGAUAAUGUGCCAAAAGAGCAGGGUAAGGGGCCUGCAUAUGGGAAUGCAGGUGACACAGCAAGCAACUGGUUUUCGCGCAGCGAGCAGCGACUCCGGUGGCAGUAG